UGAUGGGAAAAGCUUCAAUCCCCGCUCAUACCUUCCUAAGCAUCAGAGGAGUCACAUGGGAUAGAAUCUAUAAAUGCCUCAACUGUGGGAAAAGUUUCAUUCAAAGAACAAACCUUGCUUCACAUCAGACAAUCCACACAAGAGAGAGAACCCAUAAAUACUUGACUGUGGUAAAAGCUUCAAUAACUGCAGGAAAAGCCUCUCCCAGAGCAGAGACCCCAGCUUGGCCAGGACCCCCCCUUCCUGGGCCCCAGCCCCUGCUCCCAGGAAGGGCAGUGCUUGGAGGGAAGGUAAAAAUGGGUGUCCUUGCUGUGCUUAUUCUUCCUUUGCUCCUUUUUGGAAUCAGUGGAAUUAUAUAUAUUUACCGAGCAGUUGGUCGGCUAAUGUCAAAGUCAGCUGUGCAAAACAAAGUGGUAGUGAUUACCGAUGCCAUCUCUGGAUUGGGCAAGGAAUGCUCUCGAGUCUUUCACUCUGGAGGAGCGAGGUUAGUGUUGUGUGGAAAGACAUGGGAGAAGUUAGAAGCCUUGUAUAAUGCUUUAAUCAGUGUGGCAGACCCCAGUGUGACAUUUACACCAAAGCUUGUACUUCUGGAUCUCUCAGACAUAAACUGCAUUCAAGAUGUAGCUAAAGAAAUAUUGGAUUGCUAUGGAUGUGUGGAUAUACUGAUCAACAAUGCUAGUAUGAAGGUGAAAGGACCAGUGCAGAGUAUCUCAUUGGAACUCGAUAAAAAGAUUAUGGAUGCCAACUAUUUUGGACCUAUAACACUAACAAAAGCCCUUCUUCCCAACAUGAUCUCAAGAAGAACUGGCCAAGUUGUCCUAGUAAAUAAUAUCCAAGGAAAAUUAGGAGUCCCAUUUCGUGCUGCUUAUGCUGCUUCUAAGCACGCUGCACAAGGAUUUUUUGAUUGUCUUAGAGCUGAAGUGGAAGAAUUUGAUGUUUGUAUCAGCACCGUGAGUCCAACAUUCAUCCGUUCAUACCAUGUUCAACCAGAGCCUGGCAACUGGGAGGCCUCCAUUUGGAAAUUCUUUUUCAGAAAGCUGGCAUAUGGCGUGCAUCCAAUGGAGGUUGCUGAGGAAGUUCUGCGCACAGUGAGCAGAAAGAAACAGGAGGUGUUUAUGGCCAACGCCAUCCCCAAGGCAGCUCUUUACAUUCGCACUUUCUUUCCGGAAUUGUUUUUUGCCAUCAUUGCGUCUGGUGUUAAGGAAAAGCAGAGGGUAGAAGAGAAAUGAUUUUGUUCAGCUCUUUUUUCUGUUUGAGGCCUGAAUAAAGUCUGUGUUUCAAGAGUGA